AUGGCCGGGGAGGGCGCAAAGGUGUUCUACUUGAGUCAGCGCUCCAGGCGCCGCAUUCAGUCCCAGAUCGAGACCGGCGGGGCAGGGGACGUCUCGAUUGUGGUGUCCGCCGCGGACUCCCGUGGCAGGAGCAAAAUUCAGGUGCUGAAGGGCCACAAGGCCCUGCUGGCGUCCUGGAGCCCCGUGUUGAGGGCGGCCUUCGCCGACGCUGAGGCAUCCGGGCACGCGGCAUGGAUUCAGCUGUCUCGGGUGGACGCAGUCGCGCUGAAGUCGCUGCUUGAUGCCUUCUACAAGGGUGAGAUGACCCUUGACUACCGGGGCGUCUGGCGGAUGAGGAGAGUGGCCCAGCGACUGAAUAUCGAGCAGGUGGUCAAGCUCUGCAACGAGUACGUCAAGGACGGCGUGAACGCCGAAAACUGCCUCCAAUUCCUGAUAGAGGCCAGGAAGUGCGGGUCCGACGACCUGGAGGCCGCCGCCCGCGCGAUGGCCGUCUCAUCCUUCGACACCAUCAGGAAUGGCAAGGAAUUCCUGAACCUGGAGUGUGACCUGUACGUGUCAAUCCUGGAGGAGGCCCGCGAGCGCCACUCCCUGUCUGAGCUCUCCGUCCUGUGCUGCGCUCUUCAGUGGGUGGAGCACAGCCAGGAAGACCGGAGAGAGGGCUGCCCGGCCAUGCUGUCUCGCCUGGGACUCCACCUCAAGGACGACAUGCUCGUCAGGCAGCCACGCCACAGCGAGGGACCGAUUCCGGACAUCCUCAGGGCCGUGUCCCUGGCUGUGGGUGAUCAAAGGAGGGGCCGGGAUUGUCAGGGCCAUGGCCCCCAGGACUCCCUGAGCGCCGCCCUUCCCGCUGUGGACAGCCUGUUCGGCCUGGAGGAGUGCGGGUUGCCCGUGGAGGCCCUCAGGAGGAUGAUGAACGGCAUGGGAAUGGGCGAGGUGGACAUCGACUCCGUGUUCUGCGGAGGCAUCAAGGCCGGCACCAAGGACGGCGAUGGACUGUACGCGGGUGGGAUCAAGGCUGUGCCGGACCGGGGAGAGGAUGUGGCCGGCAUGGAGGUCGCCUCUGGCCAGGAGCCGGUGAGCAGCGGCAGCGGCACGAUCGGGUCCGACGCUUUCACCCCCACCUGGCGGGACGAGCCGCCCCCCGACGGCGACACCUCCGACGCCUCCGAGGACGUGCCCGAGUGCGUGGCGCCCUACGCGCACGGCAUCCUGUCCAACGUGGAGAUCGCGGACCUGAAGGACCUGGGUUGGCGCGUGGUGUACGGCAAACCCUGCGUGCAGGACACCAGCGCGGAGGACCUGGAGCGCCUGCCGGGGGACUUCUUGCUGGUGGGGGUGGCGCUCAAGGGAGAGUCCACGCUGAGAUUGGCGGCCAUGGGCAGGAGGGAUCGGAUACUCAGGCGGACGCGGCCCGGAGAGACCAAUGCGGUCAAUGGCGCGUUCUGGCACCUGGAGCCGGGACACAGCUUCGGGUUCUCCGCGUCGCCCAAACUGGCGGCCGGGUCCGGGCGCACCACCGUGGAGGUGAGGGGCAAGCGCAUGGCCUGGCGCCUGGCGGAGGGGGAGUCCACGCUGAUGGGGUUCACGUCGCCGAGGGCGGAGUGGAGCGCGGAUAGGAGGGGGCCUGGGGAGGAGUGCGCCCGGAAAUGGCUGAAACUCGUGUUUUCGUGGCAGCACGCGGUGUGCGGCCACGCCAUGGCUCGGGAGACCUCCCAGUCGAUCGCCUCUGACGACAUGCCCACGGGCGGAUGA